AGGCAGCUAAGAGCGCUGCUGUCUUUGUGUCGUCUUCCAGGCGAGGCUGCACAUGUCAACCGCAUCAAUGCGCCGCUUUCUGCAAUGCCUGUGCAUCUGGGCGCUUCGCCAGGCUGUCUGCGAUGAAGUCAAAGAAGCUUUGCAUCAGGAUGACCCGUGCGCGAACAGCACCGCCGUGGAUUGCACUCUUAGUAUGCGCAAAAAGUCCUUGAGAACACCAGCUCAGGCUUUACAGUCCAAGACACAAUCUCUCACAGCUGGAAGCUGCGAUCGAUUUGGUUGCAGAGAGGAGUAUGUGAGGUGGCAGGAUUGUCAGUGCAACAGCCUGUGCGCCAAGUACGAGAACUGUUGCUAUGAUUACAAGGUUAAGUGCGAUAAAGAUCGCCGCGUUGCGGAGGAUCGUCGCGUUUCAGCGAAGACCCAGGCCAACAGAUGGUCUGGCAGCUGCCGCCAGUACUCCUGCUCCAGCGGCUAUGUCAGUUCGCACGCUUGCCAGUGCAAUAGCCACUGCAAGCGCUACGGAAAUUGCUGUUCUGACUACGAACGAAUUUGUGUUGCAGCUCCUCCCCCAUUGCCGGUCGUGCCCCCCCCCGCCCCAGUGCUACCUCCACCCACGCCGGCACCGGCACCGCCAACCCCGCCCCCGGCGGCCCCGGUGCCAGUGCCGCCACCUGCGCCUGUGCCCUCGAAGCCCCCUUCGCCGGUGCCGGCCUUUGGGAAACCGGCGCCUGGCAAUGACGUGCCCGUGGACGUGGAGGGCUUGCCAUGGACUGGAGUUGAAAACUCCUUGAACUCACCCAGCAAUGGACCUUUGCUCACCUUCUACAUGUACCGAGCAGUGUCAGACGAAGUCUACCCUCCCUUGAACGUGAACAUGGGAAGCUUGGCUGGUGUGCUGUGGUAUCUCCACCAUGAGGUGGUGAUCCAGGCGCCGAGGAAGUUCGACAUCACCCGGAUCUUGCGCUACAAGGUUCAGAUGAAGGCCACCAACCCCUUGCUGUAUCUGAACAUGAACUUCGGUGUUCGCUUCGCCUUUGACAAGGGCCAGGCCACUGGUCCCUUCGUUUGCGGCCGAGAAAACAUUACGUCCAAAGAUGGCACCACUGAGGGAGUGAAACCCAAGUUCUGCGGCGAAGACGGGCCCUUCAAGGAGGAUUGGCUGCCAGACAUGAAGCCCUACGAUUCAGCGUUUGAAUACACUGCCUAUGGCUACAAUGUGGGAUGCAACAAUCUGGGUGAGUAUCCAUUCCCCACGGAGCCUGUGUACUAUCCCAACGCAGUGUGGUAUACCUUGCCGGGUAAGUGCCCAAACAACUUGUAUUACAACAAGAACCAGGAGUGUCAGGCAGUUCAGCCUGGUGGCUAUUGUCCUGGGGUGGUCCCCAAUGGCAACGGCACCUGCACCUGGAACUAUGAGGAAGCAGGUGAAAUCGAUCUCAACGAGCUGGUUGGCAUCGAAGACUACAACAUGUGGAGGUGGUCGCAUCGUGAGUACAACCCCGAGACCGACAAGGGCAUUGCCUUCAGCUGGUGGGAUGGCAUCGACAACCAAACGGCCAACGCCAAGCGCGUGGAGCAAGCCGCAAAGCUCUUCAACACUAGGUAUCCUGACUUGCCAUCUGUGGAAGACUUGCAAAACCCUCCGUGCGACUUCGACUUCAGCUUGUUCUACAAGCAAUGGUACAGAAAGGAUGGAUACAGUGGCGGUAAAUGUGGACCACCCAAUGGCGUCUGCAAAGGUAGCAUCUCCUGGAUCCGCAACGAAGGAUUCAAGCUCCAUCGCACGUGGUACGUCCCACUGAACCCUUCCGCCUCGGACACGGAGAUUCAACGCUUGCUGUUUCAGCUAGGACAGGGCACCUGCCUGCGACCCUGCAACAAGGGCGAGAAAGCCGCGUGACGCGCCGCGUGACGCGCCGCGUGACGCGCCGCGUGGUUCGGGGCACGGUUCGAGGACCGCAAUAUCUGAGGAGUUUUGUCCAAUACUUUGGUGUGAGAGUGAUUCUGUAUAUUUUCCAUGGCCUUCGCACCUAGGGGGCUUCCUUCCGGCCGGGCACUGGGCAGUUUCGGUGGAAAUGACCAGAAGGAUCCAGAAGGAAAUCCAGCCGUCUUUUGACCCCAAAGCUCGCGUUCACGGUUGGAGCCCAUUUUGACGUUCUGUCCCUGCGCAAACGCACUGGGACGGAGUUGCCUGGUCAAUUUCAAAUAAUAACUCUGGGGCGGUCGCAGAAUCGACGCGACUCCUUUGCACGCAUUCCGGACCAGUGUGCUGUGAUCAUUGAUGAUUCAAGACCAAGC